AGGGGGAUAGAAAACAAAUUUAGAAGUUUAACAAGAAACAUGAGAGGAGAAAUGUAAAAAAAAAUUGGACGAUGGGAAAUAGACAGAAUAAGCAUAAAGAAAAAAAUUAAACCACAAGACUGGAGAAUAGAAAAGAAUAAAAAAAUUAUUAAAGUUUUGAAAAUAAUAAAAAUUAAGCUAGAUAAAGCAUGAAAAAAAUAAUGGUAUUUAAAUUUCUAAAGUUGUUACUAGUCUUGAGCCAACCCCCGGAACUAAUUCAUUCUCGAAAGUAAAUUUAAUAAUUAUUUACGACUACUUUACAAGAUAGUAAAGGGAAUUUUUACUUUUCCAAGGGUUCCCAAGCACAAUUUUGCCUACAAAACAUCCAGAGCAUAACGAAACAUGUUUCUUAAGCGAAAUUGGUCGAGUGAACCCGUGGUUAAGUAAAAUUUGUAAUUAUCCAAAAAAGGUAGUUGUACACAAAAAUUUUUUGAAAAAAACUGAAGAAAAAAAUUUCCCCCGGCCACCCAUGAGUGUUCACAAAAAAAUUUCAUCCCAUUCGGUCCAGCCAUUUGGCCGGCUAUACGCAACAUAUAGAUAAUUUAAGAAUUCCCAUUUCUUUCCUAUAUUCUAAUUAAACCUACUUAGACAAGAAAUAUGAUCAUAUUUUGCUUUAAAUAAAGAUUAAAUUUCUCCUGACUUUUCCCUUAACUUUCUCUGACUUUUCUUGUAAAAACAAAGAUAAAACGUGUUUAAAGCUGCGACAGAGACAAGAAUACUGUAAAAACAUUCACUUUUUAUUCUUGAAAAAUUGUGAGCCAAUUCAAUCCUAUUCUUACCAAUAUUUGAUCAUUUUAUGUAUACUUUGCGCGCAAGGACUUUUUAUUGCAUGGUACAACAUUAUUGAACACAAACAAAGCAUAAUAAAAGAUGCUAAAUUAAAAACUUUAGUAAGUUUCGGCAUUUAAGCUAGGAAAUAUGAUAUGGGAGUGGGACACCCAGUAUAAUAUUGUAUUAUUGCGUAUAUUAGUACACUGUAGUGUACAGUUGGUUUCGUAUUGAGCGAGUGAUAUGAUGUAAAACCGGUUUAUCUGAAGUCUGGUCACCUGUGGUUGUAUGGUGUGAGAGAAGAGAGGAGGCUGAGGGAGGUUGUAUUGAGAGCAAAGCUUCCUCCAGUCUCCGGCACUAUCCCGAACCUACCGGAGAAUAAGUAUACUCCAGUAGGACCCGGAUAUGCGACCCUACUCAUCAACCCACCCUGAGCAAAUGAUACGCAUACGUAUACAUCAGCCUGCAGGCUGCUAACUCAUGUCUAGAGUGAGGUGUACAUCUAGGACCGGGUUUGGUCGGAUGCGGAGAAGAUGAAUGAGGAAGGUGUGUAUACCGACCUAAACCAACCUUCAGAUCUUCCGUUCUCUCAUCGUUUCUUCAAGUGGAUACCCCAUUUCUUAGAGUGCUUAACCCCCCGGCUAACUCAUCGCUGUGAUUUCUGUGAAAAUGUUGAAUUAAAAAUAAAUGAAAAAGGUGUGGCCCCAGUGAGGGGAACACUCUUAACUUAUUCAACACUCUUGAAGCCCCCCGAAAGGGUUGUGAAAAUACCCCCAAAACCCCCGUCUUCAAGUAGUGAAUUAUCCCCUCAAUGUUGGAGGAAUCUAUCUAGUCCUGUACGAUCCUGUCAGCAUAAAUCCAUGAACCAAGUGAGUGUAUGCAGGCCCCUAGCUUCUCUAUGGACCUGGAUAGUUUUCAGUUUAAGUAUAGUUAUGUUGAUCCAGGCUUCGGAGGGGGUCAUUAACACAGGGAACCCGGACGCCAAGCGGUUGUAUGAUGACCUCCUCUCUAAUUAUAACAAGCUGGUCAGACCGGUUCAGAAUACAACGGAUCCUCUCACAGUUAGAAUUAAGCUCAAACUAUCUCAACUCAUUGACGUGAAUUUGAAAAACCAAAUUAUGACAACAAACUUGUGGGUCGAACAGUUCUGGUACGACUACAAGCUGAAAUGGGAUCCUGAUGAGUAUGGUGGUGUACGACAGCUUCAUGUACCCAGUGAUCACAUCUGGAGACCUGAUAUUGUACUGUACAACAAUGCUGAUGGUAACUUCGAGGUGACCCUGGCUACUAAAGCAACCCUAUGGCAUCACGGCCUGGUUGAAUGGAAACCGCCGGCUAUUUAUAAAUCUUCUUGUGAGAUAGACGUAGAAUAUUUUCCCUUCGAUGAACAGACUUGUGUAAUGAAGUUUGGAUCCUGGACCUACGACGGGUUUCAGGUUGAUCUGCGCCACAUGUGUGAGAUCGAAGGAACUGACACGGUAGAGCUGGGGAUCGAUCUGUCUGAAUUCUAUAUGUCUGUCGAGUGGGACAUUUUGGAGGUCCCCGCAGUCAGAAAUGAGAAGUUUUAUACCUGCUGUGAUGAACCCUAUCUAGAUAUUACCUUCAAUAUAACUAUGAGAAGGAAGACAUUGUUCUACACUGUCAACCUAAUCAUACCUUGCAUGGGGAUAUCCUUCCUUACAGUCCUUACCUUCUACCUUCCUUCAGAUAGCGGGGAGAAGGUGACGUUAUCCAUCUCUAUCCUCACAAGUUUAUACGUUUUCUUCCUCCUGGUGGUAGAGAUUAUACCUCCCACCUCACUCGUCGUUCCUCUUCUAGGCAAAUAUCUUAUAUUCGCUAUGAUUCUGGUAUCUUUAAGUAUUUGUGUAACAGUAGUGGUGCUAAACGUUCAUUUCCGUUCCCCGCAGACCCAUCGAAUGGCCCCGUGGGUUAAACGGGUUUUUGUUCAUAUUCUUCCCCGGCUUCUCAUCAUGAAGAGACCGCAGUUUCAACCUGAUAAACAAACAUCCCUGAGGAAGGUGAUGUUGAACACGUGUAUAAGCACAGAUCCCAACUAUAUAAAAGACUAUCCUCGGUAUGCCGAGAGUAAGAUACCGUUUCAGAACGGUAACGGUGAUAUCUUCCACGGUUCAGGUGGAGCUGAACUCAAGGAGGCGCUUAGUGAACUCCUGCCUGAGGAGAUACCUGGACUACCCAGGCAUAGACCUGGAGAAUUCUCUCCAAGGCACUACCACGAGGGAGGAUCUCUAUAUAGCGGAUGUGAGCUGCAUGGUUGCACGGACCACCAUCUACCGGAUCAUGCAGAGAAGGAAAAGGAACUAUCUCCCCCUGCAUAUUCCCCACCAGAUUCCCCUGACUCCAGGUCCCCCCAACGACCUGCCACACCUCCGUAUGAUCAUAGUGGGUGUUCUGCUUUAAUGCAUAAAUCGUGUAUCUGUGUUAAUUUCAUAGCAGAGCACACGAGAGCUAAAGAGGAGGCUACUAAGGCAAAAGAAGAUUGGAAGUAUGUAGCUAUGGUGCUAGAUCGGCUUUUUCUUUGGAUAUUUACAAUGGCCGUCGUGGUGGGAACCGCCGGUAUUAUUUUACAAGCUCCAAGCCUUUAUGAUGAUCGAAAGCCGAUUGAUAAAGAGCUUUCAAUUAUCGGAAUAGUUCAAGGAAGUGGAGAGCAGGAAAGAAAUGAUGACAAGAAACGUAGAAUAACCUGCUAACACGUGCAAUAGUGAAAUAAUGCAGCGUUAAUUAUUCCUGCUGUGAUUAUAGCAAAGACGAUAAUCACACAAAGACAAUGCUGCUAAGCUAUACAGCCAAAUUAAACCAUUGAAAAGCACAAACCAUUAGUUUUCUCAAAUUGUGUCUGAUGAAUGAAACGGUGCGUAUUGAUUGAGGUGCCUGGUGUCCUAAGUCUCGUGUUUAAUUAAUUAAAAUCUUAGUUUUUAAUUGAACUUUUGAGACACCUUGCUUGGUCUAGAACAAUUUUUGUAUUUAUUAUUAUUGAAUUUUUACUAAAAAUCGAUUUAUUGUACUAUGUGUCCAGGUUUAUAUCGUUUGAAAGGGGCCCUAAAUAUUGGAAUAUAUACAAUCAACACCCCCCCCCCCCACGCCUGUGACACACAAUCCCCGUGAAACUUUUUUUUCAAGGUCUCCUUUCAGUUGUACAAUCUGUAGAAUUUUUUGAAUAUUUAGUUUAGGAGAAUUAGAACAAUGUCGUUGUCUUACACGUUUCAAGUUUGAUUCGUCUUAAAUGGAAUUUUGUAUCAAGUUGUCAAAAUAUUAUUUGGAAAAACUUAGAAAAACUGCAAUCUUUGAAUGAAAAAGAUAUUCUUCUGACAGUAUAAAUCCUGGCAUAUUUAUUCUUUUUCUAGUAUUUUUCGAAAAAAGGUCAAUAAGUAUUUUCAGCUAAUUUCACAAACUAUACUUUUACAUUUAUUGCAUUGAUUUUUUAUUCCAUAUAUCCAUCUCCCCUCAAAAUACAAGAUUUGUAUGUAAUUGUAAACCAAAGAUAUUAGGUUGGGAAAUUUAGAUUUUUAUGAAUAUAAGUAAAAAAAAAAUAUUUUUACAGGAAUAUUUUACACUUUCACACAAGAGAUUGUAUUUUUAUAAUAAUACACGGUAAACUGUAACAUUAUCUGAGAGUGUAAACUGUAACAUUAUCAUGACAGUGUAAACUGUAACAUUAUCAUGACAGUGUAAACUGUAAUAUUAUCAUGACAGUGUAAAAUGUAACAUUAUCAUGACAGUGUAAACUGUAACAUUAUCAUGACAGUGUAAACUGUAAUAAUAUCAUGACAGCGUAAACUGUAACAUUAUCAUGACAGUGUAAACUGUAAUAUUAUCAUGACAGUGUAAAAUGUAACAUUAUCAUGAUAGUGUAAGCUGUAACAUUAUCAUGACAGUGUAAACUGUAAUAAUAUCAUGACAGCGCAAACUGUAACAUUAUCAUGACAGUGUAAACUGUAACAUUAUCAUGACAGUGUAAACCGUAAUAAUAUCAUAACAGUAUAAACUGUAACAUUGUUAUCAUCAGUUUAGUAUUUGUUGCAUGAAUUUUAUGAAUUAGUUUCAAAUUUAUUUGAUAUAAAUAACCAGACAAAAGAUUCCACGUUUUAUGUCCGAAAUUCUGAGGGAAGAUCAGUAUAGCCCACCCUUUCAGUUCUAUAAUUGUUUUUUUAUCUUCAUAAUGAUGAAACUAUGAAUACCUUUUGUCUCCUAUAUUUAUCUUUCAAUCCGGCCGGGAACUUUGUCAAUUCUUAAAAUUUCGUAAAUUCUGUCAUAAACUUUACAAUUGUAUUAUGGAUCACAAAAAGAAAAAGAAAAAACUUCAAGAAACAUUUUCAAACUUAAAUAAGUAAAAAGCUAGAUAUAUUUUUUUCUUCAUAUAUUUGAGUGGUCACAGGCUUGGUUAGGGUUUCUGGGACUUUUGCAUAUGAACUUUUUCUGAAGCAAGUUAUUAUGUAUUUUUUCCGGAUGCCCAUCACAAAUUCAAAAUAAUUUCUUCUUUCCCUUCUUCAAAGAAAAAUGCACCGAUAGAAACUCUAACUUUUUGUUCUAAAUAUUUAACUUACCUAAAGUUUUUCGAAAUAACGAAAACUUAGUUCGGAAUUGUGAACAAGGUGUUAGGUAUAUAUAUCUCAAAUAUUCUGUUAAUAAUUUCAAACAAAAUGUUUUUAAAUUAUAGGUUUAAAACCAAAUACGCAGCAUGAAAUAGUUUUUUGAUAGUUUUGCCAAUAUUUUCCUUUUACUAAAAACUUGGAAAGAAAGUGAAAAGUUGGUAAAUUUCUUGAGAUGUUAUUUAAACAAGUUUUGUUUUGAAAAGUAAGCUUUUAUGUGAAUACUUUGUUUAAAGUUUGAACAAUUUAUAUAUUUACAAACAUCAUUUGUUCCACAUACUUAGGGUUACCCAAGGGUGAACACAAUCUUAAACCUCAACCAUUUUUUAUCAUAAAAAAGAGAAGCAUCUAGUUUUAAGAAAAAGAAAGAAAAAAAAUGUUUAACAUUUUUUCGUUUUAAAACAAAUAGCAAAAAAUACAAAAGAAGGUUGCUGCAAAAUAAAAAAAAAUCUUAUGAUUACAAAACUGGUUUCGAUUGUUUAUCAAAAGGGAAUUCGAGAAGUCGUAAACUUGAGUAAACUUGAGUAAACUGUUUGUGUGGAAAACUUAAAAUAAGAAUUGAUGUCCUUAAAGCUGCCAGUUUUCAUAAGCUUCACUUAAGUUUAUCUUUUACAAAAUUCAAGUUUCUGUCUCUGAAAACAUUCUGAUCAUAACUUUGAUUGAAAAUAUUCUAAAUUCUCUAAAUUAAAUACGAAAAUUGUUUCUUAAUGCUCAAUAUCUUUGAUUUCCAAAUUGUCUUUAUAAAUAUUUAACUUAUUUUUCAUUUACAACUUUUUACCGUUUUCACCAUAAUUCAUCGGUCUCUCGUUUGUCAUUUUGAGUUAAAUCAAUUUUUGCAUAUUUUCUUAUUUUGGUAAUUUUUCUCAUUUUAUCGCUUUAGUUCACUGACCGAUAUGAGUGUGUAAAAAGUGAUUAGUAUUCCUGUAUAAAAUGUUUGCAAGUAUUAAGUAUUAUAUUAGAUUUAUAAAAAUUAUAUUGAUAAAUGUAUUUGCAGACCUAGCUAAGAACAUUUGAGCUGAUUUGCUUGAUUUUAAUUUGCUCAUUACAAUCUUUAAAUGCAAAAAUACAUAUUUUGCACGUAGACCAUUAUUAUGAAUAAAAUUUGAUGUGGACUAAAAAUGAUGAAAGGGGGAGAGGGGGUUUAGUUGUUCUAAUUUGUGAGCUACCAUUUUGAAACUUCUGACUUAAAAAAAUUACAUUCUUGCAAAAAAAAUAUAUUGUAAGUAGAAACAGAAAGAUUUGUCACAUAUGAAUAUAUAUUCCAAAAAAAAA